CGUUGGUCACUCUGAAUGAAUCUGGCGUCCAAUGUUGUUAAUAUCCCGCGUUUGCAAUUUAAAUGACUCUUAUUUAUUAAAAGUUGACAUUAAAUGUCGACAGUAAAGCGGAAAAAGAAGACGAAUGGUGAUACGCGACAGUCGGAGCAGUUGCGCAACUGGUUGAAUAAGUCAAAAAACACAAAAUGCAUGCCGCCAGUUUCAUUCAAGGUGUUUUCACAACUGGUGGAGAAUCUGCCGGACAUUGCCUUUCAGAUCCAGGUGGAAGGGUCUGCCAAACCAAACGGCACUUUGGAUGAAUGUGCAGAAUGGUUUUACAAUGAAUUCUACAAAAAUUCAGCCAUACGAGAAAAGUACGAAAUCAAAGUAAGAUCCUGUCCACUGGCUAUCAAAAAUAAGUUGUUGCAAUUGCCCAUAGCAGAGGAAGCUACAACAAAUGCAACUGGAACUGCAACUGAAAUUGGCGUUGAUGUCGCAAUUAAAAACAGCGGUCGUUUCCAGUUUCCCGUUUCAUUUGCAACGUUUAAGCAAUACAUUAAUAAGCAACGUCUUAUUAAUGAUCUCCUGCGGAAGAAAACAGAUCAAGAGCGCCAAUUGGUGCUGGGCGACUCCAAGAAAUUGGGGGAUUUAUUGCGCAAAGGUUACAACGUGUUUUAUAUGUUUCCGCAUCGUCGUCGCUUGAACAAAUACGAAUUCAAGGAAGCGUCACCAGAGAUACUACAGCUGCUGCUAAAGCCUGGAGUGCCGCUCGACGAGGCAGCCGCCAAGACAGUAAGUGAAUCGCCAAGUUCCAAAAGUCGAAAGAAUAAAGCAAGAGCUAUUCAGCUUCAGGAGAGCCUUACCUCCAUAGUGUCCUUCGAUGUUUUUGAAAAGUUCAUCAAGAACAUCUAUGAAAUUGUUUGGCAACUAAAGCUAAACGACUUGAAGGAUGAAGGCUUCGAUAAUUGCGCUAAGGCUUAUUACAUAGCCUUCUAUUUAACGCCGGAAAUACGGGAGAGAAUCCAGUACGAGUUUGUGCCUUGCACCUCAUCAAUGAGAAAUCGUCUGCUGGCGUUGCCCAGCGAGGCAGAUAGGGCGAUUCUUCUCGAGAUGCAGAAGAUAUCUCUCGAGAUAGCAACAAGUCAAGAACUGGAGCUAAAUGUGAUCAGUCCACCCGUCGAGCAAUUGCAAAUUGUUGAUACACCCGAAGUCUCUUAUGAAGUACAGGUGACGUAUAAUAAGGAUGCCGCUGAAUCCAAUGCAAUUCCAAAAGAUGCUUAUCCUGUGACAUUUAAGUUAUUUAAGCGCUACAUUAAGAAUCUUGACGGGAUUGUGAGCGAAAUGUUAAGCAGCGAUGAGUACAAAGGCAAAACAAAAGAUGAGUGCGCCUUAGAGUAUUUUAAGGCCUUCUAUACAACUUCCCAGAUACGUACGAAGUUCAAGCCAGAACUUAAGGCUUGCCCGUCAAAGAUUCGAGCGAAAUUACUUGCGUUGCCAGCAGAAGAAGAAGUAGUUGUUGAUGUUGUGGAUAUUGACAACGAUGUACCGAAUGAGGGAAACCCGCCAAAAGUAUUAACUGUUGCUCAGGAUAAGGAUAACGUCGUCGAUUUGCCCAGCGAAGGAAAUCUAGUUAAGAUUAAAGGCAUAAAUUAUACAUACCCGGUUGAUAUCAAAACAUUUCUGAGAUAUAUCAACUACGAUGAACUCAAGAAACAACUGGUCGAUGCUCAUGCAAAAACCAAAAAAAUUGGCGAUGAGGCGAAUGAAAAACAAUUGUUUAAACGUUUUUACUAUUCCUUUUAUCUUGAUAAGAGCUUGCGGAAACAAUUUAACUAUAAUUUCAACGCAGCGCCAGCUCAUCAACGCAGUAAAUUUACCGAAAUGGCAGUUGCAAAUACCGGAAAAAAUAUUCGUUGCAUUAACUACGAUGAGCUGUUGCAUCCAUUGCUCUUGCAUGUCACUCAACAAUGCAAUGAAGAAGCACGGAUGAUUGCAAAAUCGGAUCCGAUGCGAUGUCGUAAUGUCUUUACACGAUAUUAUCGCUCGUUUUAUGUGCGACCAAUUGUUCGCAAGCAGUAUGCCUAUCGUUUUGAGUCUGUUAGUGCAUCAUUAAAGUCCAAAUUGAUGCAGUAUGCAGUACCUCUUAACGCAAGAGCCAAAAAGGAGAUGAAUAUAGCUGCAACAACUGGCGCACCGAAGGCGUGUGCGGCCGUAAUUGAAGAGGGAACAACGGAGACAGAGGUAGAUAUGGAGAUAGACGAAAUUGUGGAAAUCACUGAAUUAAAUGAGCCAAACGUGGCUUCAUUUGGGAAUGGAAUCGCAAUUGGAAGAAAAAAGAAUUCCGUGGUGGCUCCAAGUGAGGCUUCUAAUGCGUCCGGGAAAAUUGCAAAUACGCAAAUUACGGAAGAAGUGAUCAUUUUAAACUCUGAGGAUACCGAUGUGUCCCUCCAAAGAACACCCUUAAUGGUAGAGGCUUCAACAACUGUAGAAAAGACCUCCAAUGCAUCCGGCAUUCUUAGAAAUAAAGCAAUGAUCGACUCAGAGAAUACCCAUACUUUCGCCAUUGGCGAAAAGGCUGCAUCACCUAGAAUGACAGCUAAUAUAACGGAAAAACGCGAAGAAGAAUUGCCGCAACAAGUAGCAAACACUGAACCCAGAAUUGUCUUCUAUUUUAGUACCUCCACUCAGAUCUGUGAACAGAAACAACCGAUCCUUGAGUGCAGUGAUUGUGAACUUUAUGUAAUGGAGGAAAUUACAAAUUUGGGACGCUUUAUAUUUCCUGUGUCUUUUGAGACAUUCAAGCGUUGCAUUAACUACGAUGAACUUCUGCAUUCAUUGCUCUUGCAUGUCACUCAACAACGCCAUGAAGAAGCACGAUUUAUUGCAGAAACGGACCCAAAGCGAUGUCAUAAUGUCUUUACACAAUUUUAUCGUUCGUUUUAUGUGCGACCAAUUGUUCGCAGACAGUAUGCUUAUCGGUUUGAGUCUGUUAGUGCAGAAUUAGAGUCCAAAUUGAUGAAGUAUCCAGUACCUCUCGACGAAACUGCUAGGAUUACGAUGAAUAUGGCUACAGUUAAAGAUGUGACAACAACUGGUGCAGCGAGUGCAGCCGUAAUUGAAGAGAUUACUCCGAACGAAGUGAUAAUUUUAAGCUCUGAGGAUACCGAUGUAAGUUUCCAAAGCACACCCUUAAUGGUGGAGACUUCAGCAACUGUAGAAAAGACCUCCAAUGCAUCCGGAAUUCUUACAAAUAAACCAAUGAUCGGCUCAGAGAAUACCCAUACUUUCGCAAUUGGUGAAAAGGCUGCAUCAACUAGCUCUGAAAAGACGAAUGAUGACUUUAUUGCGGAAAACACGUCUGAACUUAACACAAAGAAGAUGCACACAUCGUCAAUUCCCGGUUGUGAAGUAGAAAAAGUUAAAAAUACGCCAAUAACUGGAACAGACAAAUCGGAUGUGGUCAAAAUUACAGCAAUAGCUGGUAUACAGAUUGUCCACGAGUCUGCAAUUGUUGAAAAUACAGCAACUGGAGUAGUAACAACUAUCAAAGAGAAUAUGGCAUUAAGUGGCAUAGAGAAGAAAAAGCCACAUCAAGAGUAUGAAGACAGUCCAUCAACGACUCUGCCAGUUUCAUUCAAACUAUUUAAAAAAUAUAUCAAAAAUCUGGAUGCAAUUGUUCAGCAAAUGUUGAAAUGCGAUGAUCACGUUGACAAGUCAGAGGAUGAGUGUGCUUUCCAAUAUUUUACAGCGUUCUAUUUGGAGCCAGCCGUACGUGAAAAGUAUGAGUUCCAGAUCAAACCUUGCCCAGCAAAACUGCGCGAAAAAAUACUUUCAAUACCUGUAAUUGAGCACGAGUCGGAGCAUGGAGCUGAGCUGCAACUUGGAGUAGAAGCUGAGCCAGAAAGAAAUGAAAGCCCCGCGGAACUGCUGGACAUCAACUGUAAUUCGCAGCAAAGCAAUGACAGCGAACCGCUUGUUGUAAGCCAAAGGAUUAUAAUAACGCUAAAAAAUAUGGUCUAUGAAUUUCCAGUUGCGCUGCAAACAUUCAAACAAUUUAUCAACUAUGAAUCAUUAAAACUGGAGCUGGUCAAAACCUACAUGAAAGAUAAGCCCAAAAGUAAUGUGGAAUCGAUUUUAAACGACGAGCGAAUUAAUUCAUCAUUGUUGCGCCGCUUUUAUCACUCGUUCUACAUUGAGCCCCGAGUGCGAACAUUUUUUAAGUAUAAUUUUAACGCUGCUCCAGUUGAGUUCAGACCGAAACUGCUCGAAUAUGCUGUGCCACUUGUUAGGGCAACAAGGCCUAUUACGACCGAGAAGGUCGCAACGGUUGAAGUUGCGCAAAAGGAAAGUGAGUUGCAGUUAGCUGUAAACUCCACACAGGACUUCAAUGACAGUUCAGAAAACAAUGCGGCAUUCGCGCAAGUCUCAGCGCAAGAGCAAAGAUGUCUCAGUGUUGACUUAGAAACAAUUGCAAAAAGAAAAGAUACUGAAGUUCCUACUAGUCAAGGCGCUGCCCAGUCACUUAAUAUGGACUCAAUGCCAGCAAAGCGAGCGUGUGUUGUGCCCCAACUUAAUGUUUCAGCUGUUUGUUCUACUGGCAUUUCGCCGCCGUCGACACAGUGCUCUAUAAUGAGCACGCCGGAGACAAGUGAGCAGAGUGCUAGUUCAGCUGCUGUUGCCUCGUCACUGGAGAAAGACUCACCGUUGUGCAGUCUGGAAUCAAUGGCACCUUUGGUACAAAGCAGUAGCUCUGAGAAGAGUAAAACAAGUGAUGCUGAAGCUAGUGAGGUCUUGCAGCAGCAGCUAGAGUCCCACUUGCAGUCUCCGGAUGCGUUGUCAGCGACGUCCGAGAUUGAAGAUCAAAGCAGUAAUGAAUCAACAGUGAUUUACAAUGAUAAAGCUGACAGAUCCAUUGCGGAUCAUACUUAUAACAUAUCUUGGUCAUCCGAAUGCGAAAGUUUAGAAGAUAUAUAUGCAGAUAGAUCGGAUGAAUUAGAGAUAUUGGAAAAGCUGAAUGUAAUCGAAUAUAUACCACAUAACUUGACAUACUAUAUAGCACAUCGGACGAUGAACCUGAGAACUCGUGCAUUGUUGGAGAAAGAUUUUAUAAUUGCUAGAAGACCAAAGCAAAAAGCAGAGGAAUUAGCAACCAUUGCGAAACGAAGUGCUACAAACCCACAAACUAUUGCCAAAAGUUAUACUACUGGCAACAAGACUAUUCCCAUGGUUGAAAUAUUUCCUAGCUCUAUAUCAAACACAAAGACUUUUUUGGCAACAACAGCAGUUGCAGCGCCCUUAAAAUCGGCAUCAGUUCCAGCCACAGUGACACUAAGAAAAGCUAAUAAGCAAACAAUUGCAAACAUCAAAGCUGAAGCUGAAGAUUCUACUGAAAUUGCAGAGGCUGCAGAUAACAAUGAAUCUAAUCUCGUUGAUGUUAAGGAAGACAUCGUUGAUGUUGACGAAGAUAUCGUUGAUGUCGAUUGCUCUACAGCAAAUGUUGCUAAUCAACAUCAGAACACAAUUUCGGCGCCAGAGAUACUAGAAAAAGUAAGAACGAAAAAAUUUGCAGGUAGAAGAACCGAAAAAGUUACAAGAAAAGUGUCGCGCUCCAUUGCAACUGUGGUUGACAAUUCAACAGAGAUAACUAAAGGACCGAGGACGAAUGCAGGUGAAAGUAAUAAAGAUAAAGUAUCUGGCAUAGUUACAGCAACAAAUGUUAAGAUAGGCUCAACAGUAGUCGCCACAAAUGAAACAAGUUCGAGAGAAUCAACUACAACAACAGCAACAGCAGGAACUAGCGAAGUAGUCGUCAAAAAUGAAUCAAGUUCGAAUAGUGUCCCAGAAACACUUCCUAGCACAACAGCAGAAACUAGCAAAAUAGUCGCCGGGAAUGAAUCGAGUUCAAAGAGUGUUACAGAAACACUGCCUAGUUCCACAGCAGCCACAAAAACAAUUCCUAGUUCAACAGCAGCAAUAAGUGAAGUAGUCGUCAAAAAUGAAUCAAGUGCGAAUAGUGUCCCAGAAACACUUCCUAGCACAACAGCAAUAACUAAGGAAGUAGUCGUCGCGAGUGAAUCAAGUUCGAAGAGUGUCACAGAAACAAUUCCUAGCUCAACAGGAGCACCUAGCAAAAUAGUCGCCGGGAAUGAAUCGAGUUCAAAGAGUGUCACAGAAACACUGCCUAGUUCCACUGCAGCCACAAAAACAAUUCCUAGUUCAACAGCAGCAAUAAGUGAAGUAGUCGACACGAAUGAAUCAAGUUCAAAGAGUGUCACAGAAACAAUUCCUAGCUCGACAGCAGCCACAAGCGAAGUAGUCGCUUCGAAUGAAUCGAGCUCGAAGAGUGUCCCAAAAACAAUUCCUGGUUCAACAGCAACAAUAAGUGAAGUAGUCGUCAAAAAUGAAUCAAGUUCGAAUAGUGUCCCAGAAACACUUCCUAGCACAACAGCAAUAACUAAGGAAGUAGUCGACACGAAUGAAUCAAGUUCAAAGAGUGUCAAAGAAGCAAUUCCUAGCUCAACAGCAGCAACUAGCAAAAUAGUCGCCGGGAAUGAAUCGAGUUCAAAGAGUGUCACAGAAACACUGCCUAGUUCCACAGCAGCCACAAGCGAAGUAGUCGCUACGAAAGAAUCGAGCUCGAAGAGUGUCCCAAAAACAAUUUCUAGCUCAAUAGCAACAACUAGCGAAGUAGUCUCAGGGAAGGAAUUAAGUUCGAAGAUUGCCCCAGAAACAAUUCCUAGCUCGACAGCAGCCACAAGCGAAGUAGUCGCUACGAAUGAAUCGAGCUCGAAGAGUGUCCCAAAAACAAUUCCUAGUUCAACAGCAGCAAUAAGUGAAGGAGUCGACACGAAUGAAUCGAGUUCAAAGAGUGUCACAGAAACACUGCCUAGUUCCACAGCAGCCACAAGCGAAGUAGUCGCUACGAAAGAAUCGAGCUCGAAGAGUGUCCCAAAAACAAUUCCUAGCUCAACAGCAGGAACUAGCGAAUUAGUCUCUGGGAAUAAAUCUAGCUCGAAGAGUGUCACAGACACAAUACCUAGCUCAACAGCAGCCACAAGCGAAGUAGUCGCUACGAAUGAAUUGAGCUCGAAGAGUGUCCCAAAAACAAUUCCUAGUUCAACAGCAACAUCUAGUAAAGUAGAAGUAAAUAAGGCAUCAUAUACAUCGGCAACAAAAGCAUUAGAAACGGUUUCGGAGGCAACCAAAGCAACUGCGCCUCAAGCAAUAGCUUCCACUGAUGGAGCAAGGGACACAACUAAAACGGCUCUAGCAGCUGUCGUCAGUGAAAGCAGCUCAUCGCAAUUGAAGGAAUCAAAUAGGGCAGUAGCAAAGCCGACAGAGGAGACACCAGUUGCACCAACGACAUUCAAUUUAAAUUCGAUUGAUUUCUUUGCUCCCAUUGGCAAGGAGCAUAACUUGAAGUAUUUAAUCUACACUAGCCAUGGUCUGAAGCAAACCGUUUGGUGCAUACUAUCGCAGUUGACUUGUUCAGAGUUCAAGAAGUAUACUUGUAUACAUAACGGCGAGUCCUUUUAUAAGGACGAAAGUCUAUUUUCUCGUGUCUAUUCCCAUGUGAUACACGAAGGAAAUUGGCCAAUUAACCUGUAUGUCAAGCUGCCAAUGCUGAUUGAACUAUUGCGCAGCAAAGAUGUGCAAAUUGAUGAGCUGGAUUUGGCACAUUUUUCCCCCAAGGUUCUGCAUUCGUCUGAGCUCAUGCGUUACACCAACUUUGACGACAUUGCUGAGCGUAAUUAUCGCAAUCGCACUGGAGAUCGUGUCAACAAUCUAGUGGAUUUGUUUUCUGAGGUCGAGAACUUCUACGUAGAGUGCUGGAUGCAGGAUCAGUGGAUUCAGCAAGUACCUCGAGUUACAUCCCAGGAAUUAAAGCUAGCAAAUGCAAAGAUUGAGCCCGUUGCAUUCAACAUUCCGGAAUGCAGAAUUCCAAUUUGCUUGCACGAGAAAGUGCCCGAAGCUGUCAUAGAAAUCGAGUCUGAGACGAUCGAGUUAUAUGAUAAUUCGCCACAGGACAUCCUGCAAGAUUCAGAUUGUCCAGCAACCCAGCUGGAGCAGUCUAUUGCUGGAAACAAUCUAUUCGUGGACGUUGAAGAUGUUGACCCUGCAACACAAUUGCCGGAGACUCAAAGUGAUCCACUUAUGGAAACUUCUAUAGAGAUGCCUACAGUUCAAAUCAAACAGGAACCUGUUAAAUUGCUCAGCAAUAUGCGCUUUACGAUCGAUAGCUCGCAGAGUCAAGAGGUUGUAUGUGAAAGCAUAUCGCCAGAGGAACAAAUUAUCAAUCUAGAUGAGGAUGACGAAAGAAUUGCAGCGGAAUUGUCGUGCUUCGCAAUUGUACCGCCCAAGGAUAGAAGUCCUCCAAUGUCGUUCCUUAAUGCUAAUCUUUCAAAAUGCGAGUUUAAUGAUCUAAUGAAGGAUGUGAGUUUAUCUCCCGAGCUGCAGUUGCAAAUCACCAAUCAAUUGAUGUCUUUGGAGACGUCACAGAUUGAAGUUGCUACUUCGCCAACAGAAGAAUCGCAAGUUCCAGUUGCAGACGCUCCGCCAGCCGCAACCGCAACCGCAGUGGCAGCUCCUGCUUCUCCAGUUCGAUCUGUAACAAUUAGAAAGCCCAGUCGAGCUUUCAAAUCUACUUUACCAUGCAAAAGACCACGUUUAAUGGCGGACAAUGUGCCACAGUUAAGGCAUGACUUUCGUCCGUUACCUUUCACUGCUGCGGUGCCCAAUCAGGCGACUGUUAAUCCCAGUCCGCAGCAAGAGUUACCCACAACCUCCUCCAGCCAGGUCCAAUCACAGUCGCAGCAGGACAGCUCUGACCCUCCCAUGACUGCAUCCCAAGAGCUGGCCACGGAUAACACUUUGAUGGCAUCAUCACAACUGCAACACUUACUGGAUGCUCCGCAUGUCAAUGUGCGACAGGUAAAUGAACUCCCAAUGGCGGUGGAUUGUGUUAGUGAUAAGAACGAUAGGGCAAGUUUGUCAAUGCCUCAGGCUGUGUUGCAUCAACAAAUUGUGUUCAGCACGCUUCAGCGCUUCAUGUACUUUGAAUCGCUGACUACUUCGCAAAUAGCCAAGUACCAGAUCAAUAGUCUGUCUGUGGGCAGCUUGCAUCAGCAGGCGCUGAUCUCUGUUAAUGGACAACUGUUCAAAGUUAAUGGCCCGUUGUUGGAGCACCUCUUUCCUCAUUUGAAACGUAGUUUGCUGCAGGAUUUGCAGCAUCUUUUAAACAAUGUUGGUGAAUUCAUUUACAACUGUCGCCUUAACUUGCACCAAGACACCAAAGAAGAUUUACGUCUUCGAGUGCUCUAUGCAUUUAUGAGAGCCUCGCCUCCUUUUACCCACAUUCGCCUCCAGUUCGAGAACGCGACUCGAGAGUGGGCAACUUUUAGUACAACCAAUGAACGUGAUAGGGAUUUGUUGCGACAAAAACCCAAAUGUGAUGUGCGCGCCAGUUUAAAACCUGAAAUACUGCAACGUAUGAAAGAAGUGAAAAGUUUAUGCUACUUUUAGUACUAGUUUUAUUAA